GCGAGCGGUUCCGGGGCAGGCAGGAGCGGUUCCGGGUCGUGGCGGGGUCGGGCGGCCUCACCAUGCGGUACAACGAGCGGGAGCUGCUGUCCCUGGCCCGGCAGCCCGCCGAGAAGGCGGCGGAGAUCCUGAUGCGGGUGCCCAAGAAGGGGAGCGUGUUAAAGAAACGCCUUGUGAAACUUGUCAUCAACUUUCUCUUCUACUUCCGGACAGACGAAGCAGAGCCCAUUGGAGCUCUGCUGCUGGAGCACUGCAGGAUCACCAAAGAGGAGGAGAACGUCUUCUCGAUCAGUUUCGUUGAGGAGCCAGAGAGGAAAUACUGCUUUGAAUGUGACAGUGAAGAGCAGUGUCAAGAGUGGAUUGAGGCACUAGAGCGAGCCAGGACCCCCUGGAGCAGUAUGGGAUCUCCGAGGAAGCCCGCUUCCAGCUGGGAACGCACAAGCAGUAAUCCCCUUGCCUGGGCCAGACUGGCUUCUGGCCCCUGCUCGCCCCAGAGGGUCAACCCAAGCCCCCCUGGGAAGAACAGCAGCAGUUCCUCCACAGCGCUGACCAAGGUUAACCCUGUCACACCCUCUCCUGUUCAUUGCUGAGACCCACUGGCAGAGCCUGAUGGCUCAGCUGUUGAGGCCUUCACUGACACGAGAGCUCAGCCACAGCUCCAGCUGACAGAGAGGGGGCAUCUGCCUCCUGUGUCAAGGCAUCAGCGUCUGUGUAGCUACUGGCACCUGCCUCUUGGGGUUGUUUCCUUCUUUUUUCCCUUUCUGGGCAGGUGGUGCUAAUUCCUAGAGGCCUGAUGAAGCCCACGCUACAGCCCAUUAGAGCACUCUCAUCAAUGCUUUGGAGAACAAAGCUGCAAAGCACAGGGGAGCCAAGACAGGGCUGAGCUCUGCUUAGCGAUACUGCCUCCCUCUGCAGUGCUGUGGGCUGGGCUAAGCUGUGCAGUAAUUCAGCUUCCCAGAGAGGAAAGCCAGAUGGAGAGGCUUGUAAAGACAGGAACUGCUCCACUUUGGCUGGAUGUUUGAGCUCCAGGGCAUGCAGAAGUUAAGCCCAGGGGGCAUGCAGCAGGCAUUAAUGCUUCAUUCCCUGAGCUAGUGCUGCAGCUCUUCCCUUUGUGAGUGUCCAAAGGGAAAGACCAGAAAACUGUGCCAAGGUCUCAGCAAGCUGGCAGGGAACAAGGGCUGCCUUCCCUGGGCUCCUGUAAUGGAGAGAUAAGAACAUCCCUCCUCAGGGCUCUGCACCCUCAGCCAGCGCUCUGGCUGCACAAAGGGAAACUGCCCAGAGAGGAGGGAUGGAAAGACACUCCCCACACCUGCAGCCAGGGCUCUAGCAACCCAGUUUCCCAGCUCCCACAGCAAAGUGUGCAGCUGGCUGCAGCAGCUCCCCUGGAAAUAGACCAGGAAAAGCUCCAGGAAAGGCCCUUGGGAAGGUCCCAGGUAACAUUCUCAGGCAGUUGAUGACAGAAGGAACUCAAGUCACUGCUGGGGCAGGUAAAUGCCCCAAGGGCUUGGCCUGAGCUUUGGGGGUUUGCAGCUCUGGGCUUUGUUCCACCUGGCUAGCAGGAAGGCUGUGCUGCAGCUAACCAGCACGUGGUACGUGACGGGGGGGGGGGGGGG